AUGGAGGAGGCCAUGCUCGACGAAAGCUGGGCUGAGCGGCCGGCAUUCCUCCUCUUUGGGGACCAGUCUCUCGACAGUCAUGGCUUUUUCGCUCAAUUCUACCGCCAAUCCAAACACGGCGAGCUAGCAAGGGUCUUCUUGCAGCAGGCGAACCACGCCCUGCUGGGUGUGGUCGAGAAGCUCCCUGCUUUGGAGCGAGCAACACUCCCCAAUUUCCGAACAUUGCGGCAGCUCAACGAACAAUAUCAUAGCACGGAACAGAAGCACUCCGGAAUUGACGCGGCGCUGUUGACAAUAUCGCAAAUUGCGCACUACCUCGAUCACGCUGAAAAGAACUGUGGCGAUAUCACACGGCCUCAUAAGACUUUUCUCGUCGGGCUUUGCUCUGGGCUCUGGGCCGCAGCCGCUAUCUCGGUGGCGCCCUCGCUCCCAGACCUGGUUCAUAUCGGCGUCCAAGCCGUUCUCUUGGCUUUCAAGACGGGUUCCUACGUUCACGCCAUUGGGGAACGGUUGAGCCCGGCGUUUGAGCGUUCUGAAAGCUGGAGCUACAUCUUCUCGGUGUCGAGCGUUGAGGAUGUCACCCAAACGUUGGACGCUUUUCACGAUACCUCGAACCUUCCUCCUGCUAGCCGCGCGUAUAUUAGCGCGGUAUCCGAUAAUGGUAUUGUAGUAUCUGGUCCACCGAGCACGCUAGAUGCGAUAGUCAACAACAAGAUCUUUCCGCCUAACCCGAUCGCCAUUCCGGUUCAUGGCCCCUACCACGCGCCACAUUUGCAUUCCACCGCAGACAUCGAAAGAAUUUUAGAGCUUGACAACCCAGAAACGAAGGACGCCUUCUACAAGACGUCACCGCGAUCGCCCAUCAUGGACUGCUCAACCGGGACAUGGUUCUCCCCCAUGGACACGAAAUCGCUCCUGAUAUCGGUCGCCUCUACCAUCUUGAACAAAGGAUUGAUGUUCAAAAAGGUUCUCAACGGUUGCGUCGAGGCUGCUCGCCUAUUUCAAGACGACAAGUGCCUCGUAAUCCCCCUUGGUCCAACCCAAAAUCCGUCUACGCUUAAGAGGCGCCUCCAGCAGGAGACUGGAUUGGAAGUCACUCUUCGCAUGCCGCCUCCUAUUUCAUCGGAGGCAACGGCAUCCAAGAUAGGGAACCACGGAUCAAGCGGGAAGCCCAAGCUUGCCAUUGUCGGCAUGGCAGGGCGAUUCCCUGACGCUGCCAGCCACGAAGCCCUGUGGAAACUGCUGGAAAGUGGCCUCGCUGUCCAUCGUGAGGCGCCACCGGAUCGCUUCAAUGUCAAGACGCACGUUGAUCCCUCCGGCAAAGGAAAGAACAUGAGCCACACUCCAUACGGCUGCUGGAUCAAAGACCCGGGUCUGUUUGACCACCGCGUCUUCAACAUGUCGCCGCGCGAGGCGCGCAACACAGACCCUAUGCAGAGGAUGGCUUUGACCACGGCGUACGAGGCUCUAGAGAUGUCGGGAUACGUCCCCAACAGGACGCCGUCCACAAGGCUUGAUCGGAUCGGUACCUUCUAUGGCCAGACCUCGGACGAUUGGCGCGAAAUAAAUGCUGCCCAGGACGUGGACACGUACUUCAUCACGGGAGGUGUCCGCGCCUUUGGACCUGGCCGCAUCAACUAUCACUUUGGCUUCAGCGGGCCGAGCCUCAACAUUGAUACCGCUUGCUCCUCCAGCGCGGCUGCCAUGCAGGUGGCAUGCUCGGCGCUCUGGGCCCGAGAUUGCGACACGGCCAUCGUCGGCGGCCUGUCGUGCAUGACCAACCCGGACAUCUUCGCCGGACUCAGUAAAGGCCAGUUCCUGUCAAAGAAAGGGCCAUGCGCUACCUUUGACAAUGAUGCCGAUGGGUACUGCCGCGGUGACGGCUGUGCAUCCGUCGUCGUCAAGCGUCUGGAUGACGCCCUGGCCGACCAAGACAGGGUUCUCGCCGUCAUCCUCGGCACCGCAACCAACCACUCAGCGGAUGCUAUCUCCAUCACGCAUCCCCACGGGCCGACGCAGUCGAUCCUGUCCACAGCCAUUCUCGACGAGGCCGGAGUUGAUCCCCAUGAUGUUGACUACGUGGAGAUGCACGGCACCGGCACCCAGGCUGGAGACGGCACCGAGAUGAAGUCGGUCACCGACAUCUUUGCGCCCGCAAACCGGCCGAGGCCCGAAGACAGACCACUCUUUCUCGGAGCAGUCAAAGCAAACGUCGGGCACGGCGAAGCCGCUUCCGGAGUUACCGCCCUCAUCAAGGUACUCCUGAUGCUUGAGAAGAACACUAUCCCACCCCAUGUCGGGAUCCAGAACGGCGGGGAGAUCAACAAGACGUUCCCUAAGGACUUUGUCGCCCGGAACGUCAACAUUGCAUUCCGUCCAGUUCCCUUCAGAAGAAGGGAUGGCAAGCCCAGGCGCGUCUUCGUGAACAACUUCAGCGCCGCGGGUGGUAACACUGGUCUCCUAGUCGAGGACCCCCCGACAAUUCCGCGCGCGAAACCGGAUCCUCGCACCCACCACGUUAUCACUUUGUCGGGGCGGGUCUGGGAGUCCGUGAAGGGAAAUGCUGAACGUCUCCUCGAGUGGACGGAGCGGAACCGCGACACACCGCUCUCGCACAUUUCUUACAGCACAACAGCAAGAAAGCUGCACCACGUCUGCCGUAUGAGCGUGACGGGCAGGGAUAUUGGAGAUUUACAGGCGGCCCUCAGAGAACGCAUCAGGGACCUGGACCUGAAUCAAGCUGUACCGGUCCCGCAUCAGCCGAGAGUGGUCAUGAUGUUCACGGGGCAAGGGUCGCAAUACGCCGCAAUGGGGAAGGAGUUUUACGACCACUACUCGGUGUUCCGCGAGAGCAUCGACGGCUUCAUUGACCUGGCCCGCCUGCAGGGCUUCCCCUCUUUUCUCCCUCUCAUUGAUGGCACCGACCAGAACUUGUCCGAGAUGUCACCCAUCGUGUUGCAACUUGGCUUGGCAUGCUUCGAGAUGGCCGCCGCCCGCCUCUGGGCUUCGUGGGGAAUCAAGCCCGCCGCCGUCGUGGGCCACAGCCUGGGAGAGUAUGCCGCUCUCGAAGUAGCUGGCGUGCUCUCGGCUAGCGAUGUCAUUUAUCUAGUCGGUUCUCGUGCCAAGCUGCUCGUCGAAAAGUGCCAAUCUGGCAGCCACGGCAUGGUCGCCGUCCAAGCCCCGGUCGAGACGGUCUUGGAACUGAUGGGCACCGAAGCUGAUGGCUUAAACAUCGCCUGCAUCAACAGCCUCCGCGAGACCGUCAUUAGCGGCGAGACUGAAAAGUCAAAGGAUAUGGCCACCUAUAUGAGCGACCAGGGUUACAAGUCCAACCACCUGCGUGUGCCCUUCGCUUUCCACUCUCCCCAGGUGGAAGUUAUUUUGGAUGAUUUUGAGAAGCUCGCACAGGGCGUUACCUACAAAACCCCCAAGAUCCCCAUCAUCUCCACAGUCCAUGGAAAGGUCAUCCAGGGCAAGUCGAUCGAUGCUGGGUACCUGCGCAAACACGCGCGAGACACAGUCUACUUCCUCGACGGGCUUAUCGAGGCUCAGAAGUCGAGCACCAUCGAUGACAAGACCGUUUGGCUCGAGAUGGGCCCUCACCCGGUUCUUUCGGCCAUGGUCAAGGCUACAUUUGGCGCUAGUACGGUAGCGGUUCCCACACUACGCCGUACUGAGCCCUGUUACAAGACGUUGACGAGCACGCUCGCCACCUUGCACAACGCGCACCUCAAGAUAAACUUCAACGAAUAUCACCGCGAUUUCGCCGACUCAGUGCGUCUGUUGAAUUUGCCCACGUAUUCCUUCAACGAUAACAACUACUGGAUCCAGUACGCGGGCGAUUGGUGUCUCGCGAAGCACAACCUCUCGGUCGCUGCAGCGGAACAAAAGCCUGUAACGCCCUGGGUCGCCACGACGACAGUCCACAAGCUCAACAGAGAAAUUGUCGAAGGUGGCGUGGCGAUCGUCGAGACCGAGUCCGAGCUCUACCAAGAGCAACUUCGAAAUGUGGUCUGUGGCCACCAGGUCAACGGCGCCCCCCUGUGCCCAUCAUCGCUGUACGGCGACAUGGCCAUGACCGUGUGCGACUAUGCCUACAAGCUUCUGCGGCCUCAGUCAACGGGCAUCGGCUGUAACGUCGCGGAUAUGCAGGUCUUUAAGCCGCUCAUCUUUGACGACAAAGCCAAAAGUCACAUCCUUCGGUUGACAGUGACUGCUAAUGCCGAGGCUGGCGAAGCCGACCUGGUCUUCCACACGGCUCAAGAUGGCAAGAAAGUCGAGCAUGCUCACUGCAAAGUCUACUACGGCAAUCAUGACGAGUGGCAGGACGAGUUCGACCGGGCCGCCUACCUUAUCAAGUCCCGUGUCGACUUCCUUAUGGAGGCAGAAAAACGUGGUGCCGCCUCCAAGAUUGGCCGCGGCUUGGCGUACAAGCUCUUCUCCGCCUUGGUCGACUACGGCACACGCUACCGCGGCAUGGAGGAGGUUAUUCUUGAUAGCACUACUUGUGAAGCGACGGCGAAGAUCCGCUUCCAGACGACAGCCCAGGAUGGAACCUUUUACUUCAGCCCCUACCAUAUCGACAGCGCUUGCCACAUCUCUGGCUUUAUCAUCAACGGCACCGACGCUGUGGAUUCGCGUGAACGGGUCUUCAUCUCCCACGGCUGGGGCUCCAUGAGAUUUACCGAGAUCCCGGAUGCAAACAAGGAGUACCGCAGUUACAUCCGGAUGCAGCCGGUGAAGGGCACCGAGAUGAUGGCUGGCGAUGCGUACGUCUUCGAUGGCGACAAGAUCAUUGGCAUGACGGGCCGCAUCAAGUUCCAAGCCAUCAAGCGCCACACUCUCAACAUGAUGCUUCCUCCGCGAGGGGCCCAGGCAAUCUCGGGCCCAGCUCCCUCGGCGAUCAAAGCGGCCCCCUCUAAGAAGAAGAAGAACGAGACUGUAAACGCUUCCAACAUAGACAGGGUGAACCAGAGGCUCAAGACCGUGACAUCCUCAGUCAUGGAUAUCCUUGUCAGAGAAAUAGGCUGUAGCCACGGGGAGCUCGUUGACGACGCCUCGUUUGACAAUCUCGGCGCUGAUUCCCUAAUGGCUCUACAAGUCUCUUCCAAGAUACGCGAAGAGCUAGAACUCGACAUUGAAGCGCAAGCCUGGCUCGAUUACCCUACCGUCGGCGCUUUCAAAACCUACCUGGCCAACUUUGAGAAGCCAGGUCGCAAAGAAAGGGCACCAUCCACAGGGUCUGCAAGAACGACAGACGACGAGUCACGCGAAGUUGAAUAUGACUCGGACGUCACGACACCGACCGAAGCCAGUGUUACCGAUUCUGUCAAGGGAGAUGCGCAGGACGACGUCGAGCCAGGCGACUCUGCCCAGAACCAGGAACUUCGAACCAUCAUCCGCGAAUCCAUUGCCACGGAAGCGGGCGUGGACGUGCAGGAAGUCAUUAGCGCGUCCGACUGGACGAGUCUCGGGGUGGACUCUCUCUUGGGUUUAGGAAUCAGUAGCCGAAUUCGUGAGCUAGCUGGCAUAGAGGUCCCCAACGAUCUCUUCCUUGAGCACCCAACGCUCAAAGAUGUGGAGCGCGUUUUGGGCGUCACCGACGUCCCCAAAAAGCCCGCCACCCGCCAACGGAAAAGCACCAAGGAAAAGCUCAAAGCACCCCCCGCUGCAGCCUCCGCUAAGGAGCAUCCUCGGAUUUCUUUGGAGGAACCCGCCCCUCCAAAACCGCCGAGACCUAGCCACAUUGUCGACAAGUACCCCCACCGCACAUCGAGUUCAGUCCUCCUGUCUGGGGCUUCCCGCGACCAAACCAAACAACUCUUUAUGAUCCCGGAUGGCAGCGGAUCUGCCACGUCGUAUACCGAAAUCGCCAAAGUCGGUGGCGGGUGGUGUGUCUGGGGUCUUUUCUCGCCCUUCAUGAGGACGCCCGAGGAGUAUCAGUGUGGUGUCUAUGGCAUGGCCGCCAAGUUUAUCGACCAGAUGAAGUACCGCCAGCCCCAUGGCCCGUACUCACUUGCGGGUUGGAGUGCCGGCGGCGUCAUUGCAUUCGAAAUAGUCUACCAAUUGGUCCAGGCCGGGGAAGAGGUCGCGAACCUGAUCAUCAUCGAUGCCCCUUGCCCCCUCACAAUUGAACCGCUUCCGCAGGGGCUUCACGCGUGGUUCGCGUCAAUUGGCCUGCUCGGCGAAGGCAACGACAAGAAGAUUCCAGAGUGGUUGCUUCCCCACUUUGCCGCCUCCAUCACAGCCCUCAGCGAGUACGAUGCCAGACCGAUUCCCAAAGACAAAUGCCCCAAUGUCAUGGCAAUCUGGUGUGAGGAUGGUGUAUGCCAUCUACCCACCGAUCCCAGGCCAGAGCCGUAUCCAAAGGGCCACGCCCUCUUCCUGCUGGAAAACCGCACCGACUUUGGGCCAAACAGAUGGGAGGAGUGUUUGGACGUCGACCGCAUGCAGUUCAGGCACAUGCCUGGCAACCACUUCUCCAUGAUCCAUGGCGAUCAGGCCAAAAUUCUUGAAGGUUUUUUGCGGGAGGCUCUUCUGGAUUGA